GGUUUUUAAGUACCGGUGACCAGGCAGCGAAAGGCAAUUAUGGGCUCCUGGAUCAAAUCCAAGCACUGCGGUGGAUUGAGGAGAAUGUCGGAGCCUUUGGUGGUGAUCCCAAGCGAGUGACUAUCUUUGGUUCUGGAGCCGGGGCCUCCUGUGUCAGCCUAUUGACAUUAUCCCACUACUCAGAAGGUCUCUUCCAGAAGGCCAUCAUCCAGAGUGGCACCGCCCUGUCCAGCUGGGCGGUGAACUACCAGCCUGCCAAGUACACUCGGAUAUUGGCAGACAAGGUCGGCUGCAACAUGCUGGACACCACAGACAUGGUGGAAUGCCUGCGGAAUAAGAACUACAAAGAGCUCAUCCAGCAGACCAUCACUCCAGCCACCUACCACAUUGCCUUUGGCCCUGUGAUCGAUGGGGAUGUCAUCCCUGAUGACCCUCAGAUCCUGAUGGAGCAAGGCGAGUUCCUGAAUUAUGACAUCAUGCUGGGCGUCAACCAAGGGGAAGGCCUGAAGUUUGUGGACGGUAUCGUGGACAAUGAAGAUGGUGUGACGCCCAAUGACUUUGAUUUCUCCGUGUCCAACUUUGUGGACAACCUUUACGGCUAUCCAGAAGGGAAAGACACCCUGAGAGAGACCAUUAAGUUCAUGUACACAGACUGGGCAGAUAAAGAAAACCCAGAAACGCGACGGAAAACUUUGGUAGCUCUCUUUACCGACCACCAGUGGGUGGCCCCCGCUGUGGCCACGGCUGACUUACAUGCCCAGUAUGGCUCUCCCACCUAUUUCUAUGCGUUUUAUCAUCACUGCCAAAGUGAAAUGAAGCCCAGCUGGGCAGACUCGGCCCAUGGCGAUGAAGUCCCCUAUGUUUUCGGCAUCCCCAUGAUCGGUCCUACUGAGCUCUUCAGUUGUAACUUCUCCAAGAACGAUGUGAUGCUCAGCGCGGUGGUCAUGACCUACUGGACAAAUUUCGCCAAAACUGGUGAUCCUAACCAACCAGUUCCACAGGAUACCAAGUUCAUUCACACAAAACCCAACCGCUUUGAGGAAGUGGCCUGGUCCAAGUAUAACCCGAAAGACCAGCUGUAUCUUCACAUUGGUCUGAAACCCAGAGUGAGAGAUCACUAUCGAGCAACAAAAGUAGCUUUCUGGUUGGAACUCGUCCCUCAUUUGCACAACUUGAAUGAGAUAUUCCAGUAUGUUUCAACAACCACAAAGGUUCCUCCUCCGGAUAUGACAUCAUUUCCCUACGGUACUCGGCGAUCUCCUCCCAAGAUAUGGCCCACCACCAAACGUCCAGCAAUCACUCCUGCCAACAAUCCCAAACACUCUAAGGACCCUCACAAAACAGGGCCCGAGGACACAACUGUCCUCAUUGAAACCAAACGAGAUUAUUCUACUGAAUUAAGUGUCACCAUUGCUGUAGGGGCAUCCCUACUCUUCCUCAACAUUUUGGCUUUUGCGGCUUUGUACUACAAAAAGGACAAGAGACGUCAUGAAACACACAGGCGCCCCAGUCCUCAGAGAAAUACCACAAAUGAUAUUGCUCACAUCCAGAAUGAAGAAAUUAUGUCUCUGCAGAUGAAGCAGCUAGAACAUGAUCAUGAGUGUGAGUCACUGCAAGCUCAUGACACGCUGAGGCUUACAUGCCCACCGGACUACACCCUCACGCUCCGCCGGUCCCCAGAUGAUAUACCGCUUAUGACACCAAACACCAUCACCAUGAUUCCAAACACACUGACGGGGAUGCAGCCUUUGCACACAUUCAACACCUUCAGUGGGGGACAAAACAGUACGAAUUUACCCCACGGACAUUCAACCACUAGAGUAUAGCUUUGCAGUUCCCCUCCCCUUCCUCUGCCCUUUCCCCUCAGCAACAUGGAAGAGAUUAAAAAAUAAAAAUAAAAAAUAAGAGACAGAGAGAGAGAGAGAGAGAGAAGGAAAAUCUCCAAACCAGGAAUGCUUUUCAUCCCACUGACUUAAGACAAAUAUAAAAAAGGGCAGUCAUCAUUUCCCAGAAGGCCCUUUCUAUUGGCAUUUCCCAGUAUUACAAGAUCAACUUCUGACCCUGUGAAAUGUGAAAAGUAUACAUUUCUUUUACAAUACUGCUUUAAGAUCGCCACCACUCCAACAAAUGUUUAGUGUGACUAGGACAUCACCAUUUCAAAGACCUGGAUGUUUCCAACAACAUGGUAGCAGCUGACACUUCUGAAACUCAGCCAGGGACACUUAAUUUUUUAAAAUUACAAUUGAAAUUUAAAAAGUUCUUUAUGUGCCAUACAAUGAAUGGCUCUGCUUAAGUGAAGAAAGAGUCUAUGGGCUUUUAUCCAGCCUAAGGAGCUGUAAUCCGGAGAGAAGGAAAAGUAGAAUUUUAUUAUUAAAAUAAAAGAAUUGACUAUGCAGUGAAAUCCAUGCAGUUCUGUGCGAAGAGGUGUUUUGCCAACCUGAACUAUAUUUAAGAAACUUUGUAAAAAAUAAAAAUGUAUAUAGCUGUGAGUUUAAACAAAAACACACACAGAAAAAAGAAAAAAGCUUUUAUUGGUGUUUUCAGUUUGAAAAAGCUUUUAGCAAGAUUGUGCUUUUCAUUGUGCUCUGUAUGUAUAUAAAUAUACUAAUAUAUAUAUAUACACAUUAGUCAUAUCACCUCUGUUUCCUCCCCAACAAAAGAGGCUUUUCUUCUUAAUUACUUGUGGUAAACAAAGACAUGGGGUUUUCUGACACGAUAUUUUCAUUUGUAGGAGGAUGCUGUGUCAUACAGAAGAACCAGACCGUCUGUGUGGCCUGCCUAUUUCCCCUUUCGAGUUGCACAGGUGCAUGCGACAGCAUUCUUAGGAGACCAUUGUUUUGGAAAACUUUUAUUUUUUGUGCGUUAGCCUUCAUGAAGUUGCAGCACAGAGAUGGUUUCCCAAAGUAGAAUAUAUUUAAUGCUUGUUGAAUUACAGACACGCACACACAAAGCAACAGCAGGGGAAAAUAAAUACAAGUCCCGUUCUGUAGUUCUGGCCCUUUGAAUAUGUUUAGGAGGAGUUGCUUCCCACCCCAGGGCCCUGCCAAAAAGGGAAGAAAGCUUGCCUUUGGUGGGGCUAUCCCCUUUUGAGUAAAUACGGCUCUGUGUUUCCCAGCAGCUGCGGGAGGGUUUCGCUGUUGAAGUACCUGCUCAGCUUAGCUAAUCAGAUUGAAGGAAGACAUGUGUCUUUCCUUUCGGAUUAAGCACUAAGUCCCUUAUUUAUCCGUAAGCAGGGUUUUCUUUUUAAUCUUUUAUAUCAUUUAUGGGAUAAAACACAUACUUGAAAACAUUACUUUUUGUAGAUUUGUAUAUCAGUCACCAAACAAUGAAUAUUAAAGAAGAAAGGGGGAAUAAAAGGACAGAGCAUUAAAAAUGUUUUGCAUGGAUUUUCAGGAAAAUUAAGAUAGCUUCACUGUCAAGAUACUAAAUGGAAAUUUUUUACCCAUUUUAAAUUGGUGACUUGGAGGUCAGGGGUUUGUCUUUCCAACGGCUGGCCAUUUUUCUCAUUUCCCCUUUUUAGGGAUGUUGUGAGUGUUGUAAGGUGGAAGGAAACAUUAUAGUAAUAGUAACCUUAUAUUUUGUCUUUUAAAAAUUACUGCAUCACCAAGAAACAGUAGCCAAAGAUAUUUGAAGAUAAUGUCCCUGGGCUUGAUUGUGGUUAUUCUAGAAAUCUAGUCUUAAAUGUCAUUGAUAAGGUGGGCAUUCUCCAUAAAGAUAGUCCAGCUAUCUGUGGCCCCUUAGCAAUCACAACUUUUGAUAACUGAAUUCCUACACUAAAACUAUAGUGACAUAUCAGUGUUUGAAAGUGACCUCUAGAAAAAAAGAGUUCUUAGAAAUGCAUAAAAAUCACCCCUCAAAACUCAUUGCUUAUCUUGGUUUAAAUUUGAGAGUGAUUCUCUGUAUAUAAAUAUGUGAAAUAUUAUGAUCUCAGCUUAGCACACGUGAAGCAACACUUCUUUCCUACAGGGAGGUGUCAUGGAUAAGAUUUCGUCCCCAACUCAUCAUUUCCUAAAGCUAUUAUCAGGCCAUUUCUGCAAGCUAUGUAUUUCCCCGACUGGGCUACAGCAAAUAGGCUUUCCAUGAAACUACAAAGGAAGCGAUGCUUGGCAUCAGUGUGGGUUCUGUAUGUUUGUAAUGUGAAUUACAGUAUUUGUUUAGUAUUUCCAAUCGUCUUCUGCUAGCAAUAUGUACAGUAAUGCGUCAGGCUUGUGACAUUUGGAUAAAGAAAAAAAAAGUUCCUGUUACGUGAAUAACUUUAGCUUUUACAGAGGAUUAUGAUAAAAAGCAAUUUAAUACACCUUAAAUGAUAUCUUAUUUCUACAUGGAAAGAAGUUAUAGGAUCUUCAUAGAGUUCUAUGAGAAAAAAAUAUACUUGCUAUCUAUAAAAAAAGAGAAAAAAGAAAAAAAUGAGAAAAAAUAAGAAAAAAAAUACUUUCCUAGGCUUUUAUUCUUGAUCUUCAAAGGCACGCAGGGUUUAAUGGUUCCUUGGGUUAUUAUUUUGCAAUUUUGUUUUUGAUUUUGCCUUAAGUAAUGAUAGAAGAUAUAUAUGGCCGGACACAUAUGUAUAAACUUUUCAGCAGCAUUUUUAAUAAUAAAAUAUCACAGUAUUUUCUAA